GCUCCCCGUGUUUGUUUGUGUCGUUGCUUUUAAAAGAAUCUUCAAUGGCAGUCCUUCUUUUAAUUAUUUGACCUUUUCAGGACCAGAAACUUGGCAUCAUCAUCAUCACUACUGUGUGUACUGCAGUCUGACAAGCGUGACGCAUGGACACUGCCAGGGCGCACACGUCUCAUUGAGAAACUUAUUUUUAUUUUAUUUUAUUUUAUUUUAUUUUUUACUAAAUUAUUUUUUUUCUUUUUUCAAAUAUUUCAGUAUUUUUUGAGGAUGGUCGUCUCUGCUUGGAAUAGAUAUUGUGUUGUAGUGUUUCUCCUCACUGCGCUCAGGACUGGGACAUCCCAGGUAUCAGAGGCGCGCCCGAAGGCGAAUUCCAUCAAACCCGGUCAGUUGGAAGAAAUACCGACACCGGCAACCAACCGAUCUGCAACAGUCACCAAGAAACACAACAUCCAGGUGUACCCUUGCAGCAAUGACAAGGAGUGCAGCGUGGGCAGCUACUGCCACAGCCCUCAACAGGCUCCUUCUCGUUGCCUCACCUGUCGCAGGAGGAAGAAGCGCUGUCAUCGAGAUGCUAUGUGCUGCCCCGGCAACCGCUGCAGUAACUUCAUUUGUGUCCCCAUCUCUGAGAGCGUGAUCUCGCCUCACAUCUCACCAUUAGAUGAACAUAUCAAGCUCUCCUCCAAAGACCAUGGCUGGAAGGGUGGGAAGAAUGGAAAGGGACAGGCCAAGCAUUCUCUAAAAGGUCACGAGGGUGACCCGUGCUUGCGUUCUUCCGAUUGCUCGGACGGCUACUGCUGCGCCCGCCAUUUUUGGACCAAAAUCUGCAAACCGGUGCUGAGGCAGGGAGAAGUGUGCACCAAGCAGAGGAAGAAAGGCACUCACGGCUUGGAACUCUUCCAGCGCUGUGACUGUGCCAAGGGCCUCUCCUGCAAGGUGUGGAAAGACGCCACCUCUUCGUCCAAGUCCAGACUCCACAUGUGCCAGAAGAUCUGAAGCAGGAGGCAGCUGUUGUCGGCUUAAAGGCCUCUGUCUCCAUGUGCGAGGGAAUUUUUUUUUUUUUAAGGAUGGGUUGUGGCGGUACUGAAAAGGAGGAAAAGACAGAGACUGACAAGAGACAGAACAGAUGCGGCUUCAAGCUCGCUAUUCUGCAAACGGAGGGCAAAUGGGAAUGCUUUAAUGUGUUCUCCGUGAGUGGUCCAUCCCUGCAUCCCACAUAACAAACACGCACCCUCACACACACACACACACACACACACACACACACACACACACACACACACACACACACACACACACACACACACACACACACAUACAUGAACACACACAGACACACUCACGAUUUUGAGAGGUUACUGAGCUUAUAGGAUGCUAUUCCCCCCCCCCCAAAAAAGAACCUUUUACACAUUCUUAUGAAUAUCAGGGAACCACAGAGUUUGUCAGCUGAUGCUGUGAUAGGUGUGGACUUUUUGUAGAUAGAAGCAACAGUCAUAGCAGUCUUUCCUUAAACCUCCAGCUUAUGAUAUUCGAAGCCGAAGGACUAUUAACACAAAAGCCAUAUUUUUACUGAAUAGUACAUGCUCUACCAAACUCUGAAGUCACUUAGCUUUAAAUAAUGUCACAUGUGACACUCAUAGGAUCAGAAUUUUGGCAUGUUAUACUGUCUGUUUGCCAACUUUAGUACUUAUUUUAAGAUAGAACCCAGCUUUUGCUACGCAAAGCAUUUACAACCAACAACAAUGUCCAAAGAACAAAUAUACCUUCGCUGAUGUGUGUGUGCCUCUUACACCAAAGACAGAAAGAACAUUUGCUUUAGAAUGAUGAGUUUCGUCUGGGGCAUUUGCUUGUCGUCCUAUUUUUAGCCACAAGAAGAGAGAUAAAGUAUUGUAUUCAUUGUGGGAAUCUUGUUUGAUGUAGGAUACAGCUGUAAUCUAUUGUGAUACAACUGUGCGGGUUAAAACUGUUUGCACUGAGGUAGUCCUUUGCUGCAGACUUGGUGGUUUCAAUACCGGAAUGGUUCUGCUUUUCAAAUCAUACAAACGGGAUUCAGGGAUAUGUUGGAAUCACAAUUUUUCCCUUUAGAAAGCCAGUAGAAAUGGAGAUUUGAGAGGAUUGAUUAGAUUUACAAAAAUGCUCCACAAAUCUGAUGUUUUUAAAGAGAACUGCAGUUAAAACGAAUGGCUUGUUGAUGGCACACAGCCCUCUUUAGUUUUCUGCUUUUAAAAUAUGACUGCAUACUUUCUUUUGAUGAAAUAUUGAGUUUUAUGGUGUAAUGGAUGUGAAGCAAUGCUUUUUCUCCCCUGGUGUCAGUGCUUUAAAUAACCACUCAUUACCUACAAAUCAAUAUAACAUUUGCCUCCUUUUGCUUUAACACAUUUUUUAGAGCAUCAAGUACAUAUAUUUUGUAACCAUUAAAAUACCAAUAAGCUCUAAUAUUGUAAAUAGACUGGAAGCAAAGCAAAUGUAUUUAAGAACCAAUGUAUAUCAUGUACAUAUAAUAACAAAGGAAUCCUAAAAGUUAUAGCAAAAUGAUCUAGGUGAGAAGAGUAAUGUCAGAAGAAACAAGCACAGUUGGAUAGACUGAAAUCGAUAAAAGUUGUGGGUGUAGAUAAGGGGUAAAGGCUUAGAUAGCAUGGACUGAUAUCACAAACUGAAUGCAUCAAAAGGAUGGUUCCUAAAAUAGGGAGCAUCAAAAUCCAAAAUGUGUUGUGUAAAUUGUGUGUAAAUGGUUUCAAGAUUUGCAACCAAUGAAAUGAUGUUUCUGUGAAUUCACUGCAUUGAUCUGUUUCAUGUAUUUACAAAGAUGAAUUAA